CUCCCCCUCCGCCUCUCUGCUGCUGCUCCCCACGUCUCCACACGACACCACCCACCCCCACACCCAGCUAGGGUUUCGCUUCUCCGAUGGCGGCGGCGGCGGGCGGCGCGACGACCUCGACGAGGCGCGGGCCGGGCGGCGGGGGCCGGCCGAUGGACGACGAGAACCUGACCUUCGAGACCUCCGCGGGGGUGGAGGUCGUGGGCAGCUUCGACGCCAUGGGGAUCCGCGAGGACCUCCUCCGCGGCAUCUACGGCUACGGCUUCGAGAAGCCCUCCGCCAUCCAGCAGCGCGCCGUCAUCCCCAUCAUCACCGGCCGCGACGUCAUCGCGCAGGCCCAGUCCGGCACCGGCAAGACCUCCAUGAUCUCCCUCUCCGUCUGCCAGGUCAUCGAGACCAACGUCCACGAGGUGCAGGCGCUGAUACUGUCGCCAACUAGGGAACUGGCGACGCAAACAGAGAGGGUGAUGCAGGCUGUUGGUAACUUUAUGAGCGUCUCUGUGCACGCCUGUGUUGGUGGCAAAAGUAUCGGCGAGGACAUUAGGAAGCUCGAGUCUGGAGUGCAUGUUGUUUCAGGAACCCCGGGCAGAGUAUGUGAUAUGAUCAAGAGAAGGACCUUGCGCACAAGGGCCAUCAAGCUCCUAGUCCUGGACGAAGCCGAUGAGAUGUUGAGCAGAGGUUUCAAGGAUCAGAUAUAUGAUGUCUACAGAUAUCUUCCCCCAGAACUUCAGGUUGUUUUGAUCUCUGCAACUUUGCCCCAUGACAUCUUGGAGAUAACUAGCAAGUUCAUGACUGAUCCAGUCAGGAUCCUUGUAAAACGUGAUGAGUUGACCCUAGAGGGCAUCAAACAAUUCUUUGUUGCUGUUGAGAAAGAGGAAUGGAAGUUUGAUACACUGUGCGAUCUUUAUGAUACACUUACCAUCACCCAAGCUGUCAUUUUCUGUAACACUAAGAGAAAGGUGGAUUGGCUUACUGAAAGGAUGCGCACCAACAACUUCACGGUGUCAGCUAUGCACGGUGACAUGCCUCAGAAGGAAAGGGAUGCGAUCAUGAGUGAGUUCAGGGGUGGCACGACCCGUGUUCUGAUCACAACCGAUGUUUGGGCUCGAGGGCUGGAUGUCCAGCAGGUCUCUCUUGUCAUUAAUUACGAUCUCCCCAACAACCGUGAGCUUUACAUCCAUCGUAUUGGUCGCUCUGGGCGUUUCGGGCGCAAGGGUGUGGCGAUCAACUUUGUGCGCAAGGAUGACAUCCGUAUCCUUCGGGACAUCGAGCAGUACUACAGCACGCAGAUCGACGAGAUGCCCAUGAACGUCGCCGAUCUUAUCUGAGCUCUGGACCGGAGCGAUGUCUCCCUCCCUCUCCCUCUCUUUGCCUCCGCGUGUGGGGAUUUGGUUGCGAUGCGAGAUGUUUGGCUGUAUUUCUGGUCUGUAGCUUGAGAUUUCUUUUGUUGCUUUGGGAACAUGGAAGUGUAUAUAUUCUUUCUCGGAUUGAGCAGCUCAUGUAAAACACUCUUUUGUUGUUCCGCUAUCUUCUGAUUUGGACGCCAUGACAGACAGACACUCUGUUCAUUUCGAUUUUGAUAUUAUUAGAUUUUGUUUCA